AUGGCUGAUCACAAAAGAAAAACAAGGCUUGCCCUGGCAAGGGAUCUCCAGCUGGCAGGGUGGGAAGUGUGCGUGUAUCGCAUCAAAGCCGUGGCAAUAGCCAAACGAUUGCUUGCCAACUCGCAACAAGGAGUCGUCUCAAGCAUCUCAUUGGCGGGCUGGAAUGGAAUUCCACCAGGGAGCAGGGGAUGGAGGGAAUACGAUGUUCCAUCCCCCCCAGAAAUCAUCGCCAGCAGAUACGGGGAAGGAGUUGAUGAAGGAGAGACCGAGGGAGGUAUUGCCAAUGCGCAUUUUCAACCUUGA